AUUUGAGUCGAGAGAUGACAAACCAACAUAUGAGAAACUUUGCACGAUAGCAAGAUGAAUAUUGAUUAUGUAUAAAUUUCGUGGCCAUCCCCUAUCCUAUCUUCGAGUUCUAAUCCUUUUGUUUAAGAUUUCUUUGUGAAUCCUAAGAUCCAUCAUGUGGAGGCUUAAAAUAGGCGACGGUGGAAAUGAUCCUUACAUUUAUUCCAUGAACAACUUCUUAGGAAGGCAAAUAUGGGAAUUUGACCCAAACGCUGGAACUCCUGAAGAGCGAGCCGAAGUUGAACACCUUCACCACCAAUUCACCAAAAAUCAUCUCAAGGGUUUUCCAAGCGCUGACUUACUUUGGCGCCUCCAGCUUCUUAGAGAGAAAAAUUUCAAACAAAGUAUCCCAAGAGUGAAGAUUGAAGAUGGAGAAGAAAUAAGUUACGAAGUGUCAUGGAAUGCAAUGAGAAGAGGAGCACAUUUCUUAGCGGCCAUACAAGCAAGUGAUGGACAUUGGCCAAGUGAAAUAUCGGGGCCUCAAUUUUACUUAUGUCCAAUGCUGAUUUGCAUGUACAUAAUGGGUAUAAUGGAUGAAGUAUUGAGUCCGGAGCACAAGAAACAAAUGAUCCGUUAUGUUUACAACCAACAGAAUGAUGAUGGCGGAUGGGGGUUACAUAUAGGUGGUCAUAGUAACAUGUUCGGCACUACAUUCAAUUAUAUCUCGUUACGUUUACUUGGUGAAGGACCUGAUGUUGAGGCAGUUUCCAGAUCCAGAAACUGGAUACGACAACGCGGUGGUGUCGUAUCCAUACCUUCAUGGGGAAAGACGUGGCUCUCGAUAUUAAAUGUGUUCGACUGGUCUGGAAGCAACCCCAUGCCUCCUGAAUAUUGGAUGUUACCCACUUGGUUCCCCAUUCACCCAUCAAACCUGAUGUGCUAUACUCGAAUCACCUAUAUGCCCAUGUCUUAUUUGUAUGGCAAAAGGUUCCAAGCACAGUUAACGCCUUUUAUUUUACAAUUACGAAACGAACUUCAUACCCAAUUCUACAAUCAAAUUAACUGGAAGAAAGUUCGUCACAUGUGUGCUAUGGAAGACCUCUACUUUCCACAUCCCUUUGUUCAAGACUUGCUUUGGGACACUCUUUACUUACUCAGUGAACCACUCAUGACCCGGUGGCCUUUUAACAAAUUGAUUCGCCAAAAAGCCUUGAAUGAAACUAUGAGGCAUAUUCAUUAUGAGGAUGAAAAUAGUCGCUACAUUACCAUUGGCUGUGUCGAAAAGCCCCUAUGCAUGCUUGCUUGCUGGGUCGAAGAUCCGAGUAGUGAGUAUGUGAAGAAGCAUUUGGCGAGACUUCCUGAUUUUUUAUGGAUGGCUGAAGAUGGUAUGAAAAUACAAAGUUUUGGUAGCCAAUCAUGGGAUGCUGCUUUGGCCACGCAAGCUCUACUUUCUUGUAAUAUCACACAUGAAAUUGGGACUGCCCUCAAUAAUGCCCAUGAAUUCAUCAAGAACUCUCAGGUUAGUAACAAUCCUCCUGGUGACUACAAAAGUAUGUUCCGCUACAUGUCUAAAGGAGCUUGGACCUUUUCAGACUGUGACCAUGGAUGGCAACUUUCUGACUGCACUGCCGAGAGCUUGAAGUGUUGCCUACUUCUCUCCUUACUACCACCUGAAAUAGUUGGUGAGAAAAUGGAACCUGAACGUUUAUACGACGCUGUUAAUGUCAUCCUGAAUAUGCAGAGCAAAAACGGGGGUGUACCACCUUGGGAACCAGCAUCAAGAUACCACUGGAUGGAGUGGCUGAAUCCAGUGGAGUUUCUCGAAGACUUAAUCAUCGAGCACGAACAUGUGGAGUGCACCUCAUCUUCGUUACAGGGCAUACUCUUAUUUAGGAAACAAUACCCAUCACAUAAAAGGACAGAGAUCAAUAAUUUUAUCGACAAGGCUAUUCAAUUUAUUCUGGAUAUACAGUUGCCUGAUGGCUCUUGGUAUGGAAGUUGGGGAAUUUGCUAUACAUGUGGAACGUGGUUUGCACUUAAAGCAUUAUCAAUGGCGGGGAAGACAUAUGAAAAUUGUGAGGCACUUCGAAAAGGAGCUGAUUUUCUAAUAAAGAUACAAAAUUCAGAAGGAGGAUUUGGAGAGAGCUACUUGUCAAGUAACAGCAAGAGAUAUAUACCGUUGGAUGGGAAACGAUCAAAUUUGGUGCAAACAGCAUGGGGUAUGAUGGGUUUGAUAUAUGCUGGACAGGCAAAUAUAGAUCCGAAUCCAAUUCAUCGUGCUGCCAAGGUGUUAAUCAAUUCCCAAACUGAAGAUGGUGAUUUUCCACAAGCAGGAAAUUACUGGAAUAUUCUUCAAAAAUUGCACCUUACACUAUGCAUCAUACAGAGAAGUUUUUCCUGUGAUGGCUCUGGGAGAAUAUUGUAACAAGGUUUCCUUGCCUUGUAAGAAAAAAAAAUAAAGUUAAUAUUUGAGUUAAUUAACCCUACAAACAUUAUAUUAAUAAAUAUGCAGACUUGUACUCAAAAAGAAAAAAAAAUGGAAACUUUUAUGCUUUUACGAAACACAAUCGUACUUGCAAACAUGGAUAGAGACUAAUAUCCUACCCUAAGUUAUGUAAUUCUCGUACUUUCAUAGAAUAUACCAAGUAUAGUUGCACUUGGA